AUGGGUUGGUUCAGUUCAGACAAAGGCAACUCGCCGGACGCACCAAAGGCGACAGCUGAUGGAGGCUUCAUUGCGCCCGACCGCUCCAAGCGCGCACACUGCUGGGAGGCUCGCGACGCCUACUUUGGCUGCCUCGACAAGAACAACAUCAUCGACAGCGUGAAGCAGGGCGAGAAGGCCGACAAGCUCUGCCCGGAUGAGACUGUCAAGUUCGACCAGAACUGUGCCACGAGUUGGGUCCAAUACUUCAAGAAGCGAAGAGUUAUGGAAUACCAGCGCGACCAGACACUGAAGAGACUACAAGGCGAGGGUGCCAGCGACAUUGCUGCUCAGUAA